AUGACAAUUUUAAGCACUGGAGCACAUGUCUUAGUCUUUCCUUUUCCAGCACAAGGCCACAUGAUACCUCUCCUAGAUCUAGCUGACCAACUAGUCACCCGGGGCCUAACCAUAACCAUCCUGGUCACUCCAAAAAACCUCCCUCUCUUAAACGCUCUCCUCUCCAAAAAUCCAACAAUCAAAACUCUUGUCCUUCCUUUCCCUAAUCACCCCGCAAUCCCAUUCGGCAUCGAAAACGCCAAGGACUUGCCUCCAAAUAUUGGUUCUAUUACCAUGAUACAUGCCCUUGGUGAACUCUACCAACCUUUGCUUAGCUGGUUCAAAUCCCACCUUUCACCACCAGUCGCAAUAAUCUCCGAUAUGUUCUUAGGGUGGACCCACCAUCUAUCUUGUCAGCUCGGCGUUCGACGUUUCGUGUUCUCUCCCUCAGGUGCCAUGGCAUUAGCCACGAUGUAUUCACUUUGGCGAGAUAUGCCCAAGGCCCCAAAGGAUCAAAAUCAAUUGUUUUCGUUUUCCAAGAUUCCAAGUUGUCCAAAAUAUCCAUGGUGGCAGAUCUCUCCGCUUUAUCGUAGCUAUGUUGAGGGAGACCCAGUUUCGGAAUUCACCAAAGAAGGGAUGCUAGCUAACAUAGCGAGUUGGGGACUCGUCGUUAACUCGUCCACUUCGUUAGAAGGGACUUAUUUGGAUCAUUUUAGAAAGGAAUUGGGUCAUGAUCGUGUGUAUGCUGUUGGACCGAUACUCCCUGUCAGAAAUGAUAAAUCUGGACCCAUUGAGAGAGGUGGAUCUAGUUCUGUUUCGAUGCAUCAUUUGAUGACCUGGCUUGACACGUGUGAGUAUCAUAAGGUAGUUUAUGUCUGCUUUGGGAGUCAAGCUCUCCUGACAAAUGAUCAAAUGGAGAAGGUUGCAUCAGGGUUGGAGGAAAGUGGGGUCCGUUUUAUAUGGAGUGUGAAGGAGCCCAGUAAGGAACAUGUGGGAGAAGGAUAUAGCAUGAUCCCAUCGGGGUUUGAAGAUCGUGUGGCUGGAAGGGGACUUAUCGUAUGGGGGUGGGCUCCGCAAGUAUUGAUAUUGAGUCACCGUGCCGUGGGGGCGUUCUUGACGCACUGUGGGUGGAACUCGAUCCUUGAAGGGAUAGUGGCAGGGGUGCCAAUGCUAGCAUGGCCCAUGGCGGCUGACCAAUUUGUGGGUGCUACUUUAUUAGUUGAUGAGCUGAAGGUGGCUAAAAGGGUGUGUGAAGGUGCAAAAGUAGUGCCUGACUCGGCUAAGAUGGCACGAGUACUGAUGGAAUCAGUGAGUGACGAGACCCGAGUUGAAAGGGAGAGAGCUAAGGAGCUAAGUAGGGCAGCACUCGAUGCCAUUAAAGAGGGUGGAAGUUCGGACAAGAAUUUGAAUGAAUUUGUGAAGCAUGUAGUUAGAUUGGGGUCGGAGACAGGGGAUAGAACAAAGAUAGAAACUUAA